AAUGCUCUUUGAUGAAGCAAGGAAGACCUAAAUUCAGUUCGAGGCAAAAACGCAUACUACAACAGUCUUAAGGGAUUGGUGUCCUGUUCCAAAGAGGGCACAUUCUGGAACAACAAUCACCCUCGUCCGUCGGGGUCUUGGUCCGAGUUAUCUGCUCGAAGUCCAUGAAGGUGGGUGGGUGGGUGACACACCACCCGACUUCAAUUGCCCCUGACGUCAUGUCUGUUGCAUUUGAAACCAACAUUCAGCCCUGUUAGGGACCAUCUCCUGUUCAUAGCGUGUAUGGCCGUGUUGGAGCAUGAUCCAUCAUUACUCUGUUCUCCGAGGCCUUCUCUAUCGUGACGACAUGCUCAAUGGAACAUCAUCCCCUGGGUUGAACAUAUCAAGAGCCACAAGUCCAUGGAUAUUUUCAACUACAUGGUGGAUAAUGUGCAAGAAGCAUUGAACAGGAUCGAGGACGUGACCAGUUCCGAGUUUUACGGCUCGCGUGUCCGCUUUCUGCCCCCUUUGGCCAAUAUGGCGUCCCGAGGGGAGUUGCCUGAGGGUCUGCUUCAGAGCUAUAGUCGCCAAGCCAGUCGAGAUCGUAUCAUCGUGCCCGUGACCGAGCGGGUUCCCCGGUCAAGGGCCCUCACUCCUUCCAGGCUCAAGCCCACCCCACCCCCUCCACACCCCACGCCCAAACGGGUGGAACACUUGUCGUUACCUUCACGAGGGCCGGAAUUUCUGAGGAAAGAGUCCCUGGUCUCCUAUGGUUAUAACGAGGACAAAUCUGGCAAUGUGAGCGUUCGAGGGGAAGACCGAAGUCUCAAUCUUAGUAUCCCGGAUGAAUCCGACAGCGGCAUCGGCAUUUGUGGAUGGCUCCUCACCGCCAUUUCCUGGGGACUAGUGAUCGUUACACUGCCAUUUUCACUUUGCGUUUGCUUCAAGGUUGUUCAAGAGUACGAAAGAGCGGUCAUAUUCAGAUUGGGUCGCUUGCUUUCCGGAGGAUCUCGAGGACCAGGCAUUUUCUUCGUGCUACCGUGCAUUGAAAAUUACACAAAGGUUGACCUGAGAACCUCAGUGAUUGACAUUCCUCCACAAGAGGUUCUCACCAAAGACUCCGUGACUGUCUCGGUAGAUGCCGUGGUAUACUAUCGAGUGUCCAAUGCCACGGUGUCCGUGGCCAAUGUGGAAAAUGCCCAUCAUUCCACCCGGCUCUUGGCUCAGACGACGUUGCGGAAUAUUUUGGGAACAAAGAAUCUCCAUGAGAUCCUUAGUGACCGAGAGAGUAUUUCCGGUUCCAUGCAGACUGUGUUAGAUGAGGCCACCACCGCUUGGGGAAUCAAAGUGGAGCGAGUAGAAAUCAAAGAUGCCAGACUUCCAGUCCAACUUCAGAGGGCCAUGGCGGCCGAAGCCGAGGCUGCCAGAGAGGCCAGGGCCAAGGUGAUUGCAGCGGAGGGCGAGCAAAAAGCUUCCAGAGCACUUCGAGAUGCUUCGGAAAUCAUUUCCGAAUCUUCAUCGGCUCUUCAACUGAGAUACCUUCAGACGCUCAAUUCGAUAUCGGCAGAGAAGAACUCCACCAUCAUCUUCCCCUUGCCCAUUGAUCUCUUGACUCACUUCAUGAGGCCAGACAAGGGCGCCUCAAAGAGCGAUUAAUCGACGCCAAUGGACAAGCCCAGUCGAAAUCGGACCCAAUUGGACGACGAACCCACAUCCCAUGUACCACCCCCCUCCACCCAAAAAAAACCCGCCCUCUCAUGUCCUUGUUCUUCCUUCCCCUCUCUGUCUAUCGCCAUAUUUGUGAUACCUUGCCAAAGAAAAUGGAAGAGGCCUGGACAAAAUUGCCGUAGAUGAUCCUAUGCUCGUCACCUGGAUGGAGGACAAUGAACCAAGAACACACAUGACAAGUCGCAAAUCAUGUCUGUCUGCCAAAGAGAAAGUCCAAUUUCAAGCCUAGUAUUCGAUGACAUUAACAAACAAACAUAAUUAUUCUCUUCCUUUAAAUCCAACUAGACACUUUGUCUUGCGUAGAAAUGACAAUAAAUCAUGUGCAGAUUUUA